UUGGAAUAGUCCUGUUGUGGUCUGUUUGCACAUUGCCUGGCCCUUUGCCUGGCCCUUUGCCUGCUCUUUGCUUUAUUUUGAUUAUGUCUGUGUGGUUUUUUUUUUUUCUUUCUAUUUAAUGUCGUGACUGAUCUGUGUAUAAUCGUCCUGUACGCACAGUAUCUCUGACACUGUGGACAUGUUAACUCAUGUGACCUUAUAUACAGAAUGCAUUCAUUUAUAUGGAAUUGAAUAACAGUAUAUCUCUUAAAACUCUGUUGGAAACAACCAUAACCUUUAUUAUUAAUGCUUUAAAGCUAAUAUGGCUAGCAUACAGUAUAAUGGGAGCUUGUAACCAUCAGCUUGGACAAUAGUGCUGGCUGUAAAUCAAAUCACAGGUUUAUAUUAAUGCUCUCACUCUAAUAUGUUAUAUGUUUCUAUAGAAACAGCAGAUUUAGAGAGAAUUGUGUGGAUUGAAACCUAAUAAUAAACUACUUUAAAAAAGCACUAUUAUUUAACAGAGAACAAUAUAUAAUCAUUUAUAAGCUUUCUGGAAGGAGAUGUGUAUUUAACAUUUAUGAAAGGAGUCUCCAGCAUCAGCGCUUUGUAACAGUCAGUACGUUUUUUCCCCCACAGGAACGUUUUCAGGACAGAAGACUUUGCACAUUGCCUUUUUUUCCCCUAAUUGUCUUCAAGAGAAAGGAAAAAAAGAGAGGCUGAUAAGGAGGAAUAAAUGUUUAUAGCUGCUGUAAUAUAUCUGGGCGAGGAGGAGGAAAGUAAAUCAAAUGACGAGUCAAGGUCCAAAGUCUUGCUAAACAAGCUUCAGGAACGUGCCAAGGCCAGAGAACAACUUAGUCGUGCAACUAAGAAGGAGUCAGAUGUCCAGGAUUCAAAGACGAGUGAACGGAGCCGUGUAGGAAAGACUAAAAGAAAUCUCGAGUGGCAAGAAAAAGAGAAAAAGCAACCUAAGAAGAAGAGAAAGGAAAGCGUUCGAGAGCAGGACGAUGGUGAUGUUGAUGUUGAUGACACGCCUGUGGAACAAGCAGAUUUGGGUACGAGUGAGCAGUCGGGAAGGAAAAAGAAGAAAAAAGACAAAAAGGGAAGCGCAACUCAAGAGGAGAAGCAACACACAGAGUCCACUGGAGCAGUAGAUGAGCCUGAAAGCCAAACGGCUGCAGAUGCCCAGCCUGAAAGCCAAACGACUGCAGAUGCCCAGCCUGAGCGGUCGAACACAAGCUCCAGCUUUCUCGUCCUGGGUGGAUUUGAGAAUAAGACUGUUCCAAAGGUCCAAAGGGUGCUGCCGAAGUGGCUGGCUGAACCAGACAUGAUUCAGAGAGACGUUAAGAGCAAUUUAAUCCCUCUUGGUGACAUGCCAGGAAUUUGUCCCUUGCUACGGAAAAAACUGGAGACCAACGGGAUCCAGAACUUCUUCCCAGUUCAAGCUGAGGUCAUCCCCGCUGUCUUGGAGAGUGUGAAUUCAGGUCUUCUGAUUGGACAAGGAGGUUACAGGCCCAGAGACAUCUGUGUGUCUGCGCCUACAGGAAGUGGAAAGACGCUGGCAUUUGUUAUACCUGUCGUACAGGCGCUGAUGACACGAGUGGUGUGUGAAGUCCGUGCCCUGGUUGUGUUGCCCACCAAAGAGCUCGCGCAGCAGGUGUAUAAAGUUUUCUACCAUUAUGCUGAAGGAACUGGGCUAAAAGUUGUAUUGGCUGCUGGGAAGAAACCUUUUGCUGUAGAGCAGGCAACUCUUUUAGAAGUCAGAGGGGGUGUCAGUCGGAGUUUGGCAGAUAUCGUCGUGGCAACACCAGGUCGUCUGGUAGAUCACAUCAACAAAACCCAAGGGUUCGGUCUUCAGCAUCUUCGUUUUCUGAUUAUAGACGAGGCAGACCGAAUGAUUGACAGUAUGCAGCAGGCUUGGCUCAGUCAAGUGACCAAGGCGGUCUAUAAAAGUGGGUGUGGCUCAGGGGUGUCACUCUUUAGGAGGGUGGAGCCAGGGCCAAUUACAGUGGCGAGUCUGUCUCCACCCCAGAUGCCGCUGCAGAAGCUGCUCUUCUCGGCCACUCUGACGCAAAACCCGGAGAAACUGCAGCAGCUGGGCCUCCACCAGCCUCGUCUCUUCAGCUCCACACACAGCUCAACAAGCGAAGAGAAAUUCAACUUCCCUCAGGGCCUGACUGAGUACUACGUCUGCUGCACGCUGAGCAAGAAGCCGCUUCUCAUUCUGCACUUUCUGCUGCGCCUGAAGUUCUAUCCUGUUCUGUGCUUCACAAACUCGAGAGAAGCAGCACACAGGCUCUUCUUACUGGUGAAGCUUUAUGGUGGUGUGGAAGUGGCAGAAUUCUCCUCCAGACUCGGUCCUAGCGAGCGACAGAAGACUCUGAAGAAUUUUGAAAAAGGGAAAAUUCAGCUGUUGAUCAGCACUGAUGCUGCAGCCAGAGGAAUCGAUAUUAAAGGAGUUAAAUGCGUCAUCAAUUACGAUGCUCCUCAGUACAUCAGGACGUACAUCCACAGGGUGGGAAGAACAGCGAGAGCUGGGAAAGCUGGCGUGGCCUUCACUUUUGUCUUAGGAGUGCAGGUGGAGAGAUUUGUGAAGAUGGUCCAGGACGGCGGCAGUCCGGGUCUACAGAAGCAGACUAUUAAACCGGAAAGUCUCAGAGGCAUGGAGAGCCGCUAUGAAGACGUUUUAGUCGAGCUGGGCAGAGUUAUAAAGGAGGAAACUGCGCAGAAGCGUUUCUGAGCAGACGGUUGCAAGAGUAAAUAUGUCUCUCGUUGUACCCAUGUACCUGAGUUUUACUUUUUCAAUAAAAAAUUAGAUUUA